CCCCGAUUGCCUCUCGGCCGCCCGUGACGCGCUACGUCUGCGCCGCCGCGCCUCCCGUGACGUCACGACGUCCGCGCCGCCUCUGUCGCGCGUGGUUCUGUAUAAUCCAGGCUGUAGCUGUGGCUGUUUCUGUGGAUUCUCUUUCAUCAUGGCCUUGGGAAUAAAGUGCCUCCGCCUGUUGCACCCUGCCUUUUGCACUUACCUUACUACUUUAACCAGACCUGCUUCAGAAAUUUCCAUGAAGCCUGUGCAUGGAAGACAACAUGACCAAAGGCAAUUCUUAGCCUACCCAGCCAUGCCAGUUCGCCAGUUUGCAACCAAGAAAGCUAAAGCUAAAGGGAAAGGACAGCCCCAGGCCAGGGUGAAUAUUAACACAGCCUUGGUGGAGGAUAUAAUCAACUUGGAGGAGGUGGAUGAAGAAAUGAAAUCUGUGACGGAAGCUCUCCAGGAUAAUUUCAAUAAGACUCUCAACAUAAGGACUGCACCAGGAUCCCUUGAUCAUAUUACUGUGGUAACUGCUGAUGGGAAGCUUGCCUUAAAUCACAUUGGCCAGAUCUCCAUGAAGUCACCACAGUUGAUUCUGGUGAAUAUGGCCAGUUUUCCAGAGUGUACAGCUGCAGCUAUCAAGGCUAUAAGAGAAAGUGGAAUGAAUCUGAACCCAGAAGUGGAAGGGACUCUAAUUCGGGUACCUAUCCCCAAUUUUAUUGAUUUCGGCCCUCAAUUUGAUUAUUUCCUGUCCUCUUUUCCUCCUGGAGUAACCAGAGAACACAGAGAAAUGCUGGUAAAACUGGCCAAACAGAGUACCAACAAGGCCAAAGAAAAUUUACGGAAGGUUCGCACUAAUGCAAUGAAUAAGCUGAAGAAAUCAAAGGACAAAGCCUCGGAGGACACCAUCAGGCUCGUAGAGAAACAGAUCAGCCAGAUGGCCGACGACACAGUCGCAGAGCUGGACAGGCACCUGGCAGCAAAGACCAAAGAACUCCUUGGAUGAAUCUGGUCACCCCUUAGGUGACAAGCUGAUGUCUGCCACUCUCCUGCUCAUCCAUAGGAGGCUGUCACUGCUGUUCCACCACGGGGGCUCAGACUCACCGAAUCUCUUGUUUCCUUAGAAUCUGGUGUGGCAAUGACCUUGGCUCUGAGGUCACCACAGGACCAUUUCCUUCCAGACAGGAAUCAGACCCUGCCCUCAUUUCCAACUCCUUUGGACUAUGUGGGCCUCACUCUGACUGCUAAUGAGCAAAACUAAAUAAAUUGGGAAAAUAACAGCCACAGAGGAAAGAGCAGUGUGUUUGCCUCUGGGUUGUCGUCCCACUGCCGCUCCACGAGGACUGAGUUCAGUGUAGCAUCGGUCCCACCCUUGGGCAGUCUCCCUGCCCCUGCUCUCGACCCCAUUUUGAGCUCACGGGCUCCUCACAUAUAAACCAUCUGUAAUGACAAAUUUACUGAAGAGAAUGACACAGAAUAACGCUUGAAGUUGUCCGUGUAUUUAUGUUGAGUAAAUUGGUAGCUGCCCACCUAAUGCUUUGCUUUCUGUCAUUCCACUCCCUCUGUCAACAUUUCUUUGGUAAUGAGCUCCAUUUGGCCGGGGCCUGUCUUCCUGAUAGACAGGUGCUUUGCUGUGACCCACCUCUUUUUUGUGUUUCUGUACACAUACACAUGCAUACGUGCACACAUGUGCACACAUAAAGGCACAUGCCAUAGUGCUCAUGUAGAGGUCAGACAACUCCCAUGAGUCAGUUCUCCUUUCACCUUGUGGGACCUAAGACUAGAACUCAGACUCUCAGGCUUGGCACCAGAUGACUUUUCUGCUAACUA